AUGGACGCGGGCGUUCCUGUCAUUCGUGUAUUGCCCCCGGAGGUUGCGGGGCAGAUCAGAUCUUCCUCUGUUGUGACAAAUUUGAACGGAGUGAUCCUUGAACUCCUUAAGAACUCCCUUGAUGCCAAUGCAUUCACAGUGACAAUAAACGUCGAUUUUCAAAAGGGAACCUGCUCAGUGGAAGAUGACGGACAAGGGAUACCACCAACUGAGUUCAGUGAAAAUGGUGGUCUCGGGAAGUUGCACUACACGUCAAAGUUCUACGUUCCAAACGAAGUCUAUGGCCGCAAAGGCAUAUUUCUUUCGUCUUUGAUAUCCAUGGCCUUGGUGACUAUUACUUCCCGUAAUGGAUCAUUCCAGUCGACAAAUUCUAUCAUAUUCCGCCAUUCAAAACCUAUCUCAAGGCUUUGCCCAGCGCCAAUUUACCAUGGGCUCUUGCAUCCUCAGCAUGGCACGAGAGUUACAGUUAAUGAUCUUUUCAGUAAUCUCCCGGUCCGGGCCAAGCGCCGGGCACAGGAGCUUCGAAGAAAUGAAGACGUCGACCGAGAGUGGAAUGACUUGAAAAGGGCGUUGACUGGUCUUUUGCUUGCAUUCCAAACUCCGGUUAAGCUAUCCGUAGUCGAUGCGUCUAAAUCCCGAAAGCUCGUUUUUCGGGGCCAGCCUCAGGCCCCUCUCAGCCGCCAACAGAUACUAAAGGACGAAGGCCAGCGGUUAUUUGACCUGGAGCGUGUUCGAUCAAUCCUUGGGCAGGCGGGAUAUAUCGCUCCAUGCGACUUCCCGUUAUGGGUUGCUACAUCAGCUAGAAGUUCUGAUAUCCUAGUAGAAGCAGCUAUAUCUCUACAACCAAGCCCGACAAAGCAAGUGCAAUUUAUCUCAUCAGGAAUCAACCCUGUCUACUCACGUGGGGACGCCAAUCUUUUAUUUAGUGAAAUAAACCAGCUAUUCGCCUUAUCCAACUUUGGGGUUGAAGAUUCUUUCAAAGGAGUUAGCGGUGACAUCGAAGGGAAACCCAUAGGGGACAUGAAAGCUUCAUCUGAUUCUCCGGACAGAAAGCCCAGGCCCAGAUCCAAGGGUGUUAAUAAAUGGCCCAUGUUCUAUCUACGAAUUACAACAGAUCGGGCAAACCCGGCCUACAAUCUAGACUCUGAAUUCUCCAACCCUAGAGUAUCCAUCCAGAAGGUUCUCAGAGUUAUCAGUGCAAUGAUUCGCCAGUUCUUAGAUCAAUACCAUUUCUCCCCUCGACGAACGCAACGCCCUAAAAGGAAUAGACAAGAAUCUUCGCUUACGUCUGAAAAUGAGCAACAGGAACGAUGUCAGACUAAACGCUUACAUCAGGAGGACCGUUGCGUCAGAACAGGCACUUCUAGCCCACCGAUAAUAUCAAAGAGCGCAGCUGCCACGAUCAGCCCACUGGUUUCAAAGACACUACCAUUUAGAAAUUUCGGUGUUUGGUCAAGGGUGAAGAGCGGAAGUGGUAGAGCCUAUCAUGAUAUCUGUGCAGGUUUACCAAGAGGGAAAUCUCAACCCACCUGUCAGACAGAUAGCAUGUUAGGUGGUGCGCAGCCUUCACGGCCCUCAUCCGCUGCCGCCAACCCAAUGAAUAUAGGGCCGGGUGGUUUCCAAACCCCAUUCGAUAUCCCAAAUACGCCUAAGGUGAUAGGAGUUAACUCUGGGCAUGAACACGAUAUAUUCGACGAAACACAAGAUCCGACAGAUGAAAUAGUGCCUUGGACCGACCCUCUCACAAAAAGGGUUAUAUAUAUAAACAAACGCACUGGUCAAACUGUCACGGCGAAGAACUCGAAGUACAUCAAACGGAUUUCUCGUUCCGCCUCAACGCCUCAAACCAUUAAAGAUAUCCAGUCGUUAAACUGCGAAGGCAAAGGUCAAAUACAAACGGAAAAUUCUGAGUGGCUUGACUCGUUCCUCGAAACAUGGAAGAAUCCUACCUUCCCUUCGCCCGAACUUCCCAUUCCAUCCACAGUAUCUAGGGCAGGUAGUGCGGAAACAUGGCGUGCCGGUGCUAUUGUUGAUACGCAUUGUCUCAGUUGCGAGGGCCUCCAAAAUGGCGCUUUAACCGGGUUGAUAGGCGGAUUCGACGGCAGGCUUAGCAAAGAUGCCCUCUCAAAAGCGAAGGUUAUUGCCCAAGUCGAUAAUAAGUUCAUACUACUCAGUACGUUUCUUAAGCGCGACGAGCAACAGGACGAGGAGGUAUUGGUGCUGGUAGACCAGCAUGCUGCAGAUGAGAGAUGCCGUGUCGAGGAAUUAUUUGCCGGAUUAUGCGGCUUAUCGGCCUCACAUGUUGUCGAUACUACCACGUUUGCAAAGCCCAUGACCUUCAGACUCUCGACGCAGGAGGCAAAACUAUUCGAGACUCGUUCGGGUUAUUUUGCGUCUUGGGGAUGCCGCUAUGAAGUCCUGAGGGAGGCAGAGGGGCGUUACCACCUUGUGAUAAAUAGCCUGCCAACUCUUAUCGCAGAGCGAUGCAGGAUGGAGCCUAAACUUGCCAUUGAUAUGCUGCGCUCAGAAAUCUGGGAACAAACAGACAUAGCAAAAGGUCCAGCGAAACUAGUCUUGGAUGAUACAAAAGAUACGGACCAGAGGCCUUCUGAAAAGGGGUCUUCUGCAAAGGCCUGGGGGGAGGCAAAGUCCCGUCACUAUUGGUUGGAGCGUGUCGGGAGCUGCCCGAGGAAGAUGGCCGACCUUAUAGUCUCACGCUCAUGUAGGUCAGCGAUCAUGUUCAAUGACACGCUGUCUAUCAUGGAGUGUGAAAGCUUAGUCGCUAAGCUUGCAAAUUGUGCAUUCCCAUUUCAGUGUGCCCAUGGGAGGCCGUCGAUGAUACCAAUCAUAAAUUUAGGAACCAGGAUUUCAUUUGACUCGACAUGCAAUCCUUCUCAAUUGAGCUCAUCUUUUGAUGAUGCGCGCGGAACAAACCCGCCUGAUGGCCGGCAAGCAGAGCCCUGCUCGGAUUUUGUCACUGCCUUCAACAAGUGGCAGAAUGGCCCUCCAUAA